GCUGCACAUCCUGCAUUUUCUCCGGCAUCCUGAAUUGCAUCCCAUCACACCACAGCUGUGUGCCUCGAUCAUGAAGCCCCACAAGAGCAGCCCGUUCUCCCCAAAGCGAUCGGCCGCCAUUGCCACACCUGUCAUCGUCCUGCUGCUCCUCGCGCUUGUUUCGCUCUACGACAUCACCUUCUCUUAUCGUUACCCGCAUAUCGACCGCGUCGCGCCGUCCAUCUCCUCUUCGUCGUCAGCGUCUACGGCCAGCGCCUGCGACUUCACGCGGGGCGAGUGGGUGCCGGACACAGAGGCGCCGUACUACACGAACCUGACGUGCCAGUUCAUCGAUGACCUCCAGAACUGCAUGAAGUUCGGCAAGCCCAGCCUCGAGUUCUUGCGAUGGCGGUGGCAGCCUGACGGGUGCGACCUCCCACGCUUCGACGCGGCGCGGUUCUUGGACGCCAUGAGGGGCAAGUCCAUGGCCUUCGUCGGAGACUCCCUCGCCAGGAAUCACGCCAAAUCUUUGAUCUGCCUCUUGUCCAAGGAGGAACAGCCGGUGGAGGUCAGGACGGCGCCGGAGAUCGACGUGACGGGGAGAGUCGUCCGGCGCGACUACCACUACGGCCACCACGGUUUCACCAUCUCUCUCUUCUGGUCGCCCUUCCUGGUGAAGGCCAACCUGUCGAACGCGGCGCUCGGCCAGUGGAACCUCGAUCUCGACACGGCGGACGCCCGGUGGGCGGCGCACAUCGCCGACUUCGACCACGUCGUCAUGUCAGGGACCAACUGGUUCCUACGCCCAUCAGUUUACCGCGAGGGAGGGAGCGUCGUCGGGCGCAACGACGCUGCCGCCGGAAACUCGACCGUGUUGCCCGUGCCCCGCGCCGUGCGCGCUGCGUUCCGCACGGCGCUGGCCGCCAUCGCGGCCAGCGUGGGGUUCCGCGGCAAGGUCAUCCUCCGCACGGUGACGCCCGCGCACUUCGAGAACGGGGCGUGGAACACCGGCGGCGACUGCGUCCGCACACACCCGUUCCGGCGCGGCGAGCGCGAGCUCGGCGCCGUCGAGGCCGAGUACCGCGCAGCGCAGGUUGAUGCGCUCAGGGAGACGGAGGCGGCGGUGCGGCGGAACGGCGCGGAGCUGCUGCUGCUAGACAUCACGGAGGCGAUGGACCUGAGGCCGGACGGGCACCCGAGCCGGUACGGUCACCCGCCCGGUGGCAGCGUGGACGGGAGCUUCGUGGUGGACUGCCUGCAUUGGUGCUUGCCGGGCCCGAUCGACCUGUGGAGCGAGCUGCUGCUCCAGAUGCUGCUUUCUCAACAAUAGCACUGUUCGUGCCAGCUUUCAAGCUAAAAGAAAUGCUGCUUGAUUUUCUUCUGUAAAUUGAUGGAGUUUUUUUUAUUUGUGCUACUCGAAGCAAAGUAAACUCUACACUGAUGAAAGCAAUCAAAAAAGAAGAUGUGCAUAAUAGACCUUUUUUUUCUUUAGGGGUCAUUGUGUUCAGCUCCCGUGUGGUUGACUUGCUUCAGCUCUUUGCGCUGUAGUCGUUGGAAUCAAAAGUCCAAACAGGAUCGGGAUGACGUGCAACGUGCAAUCCAUGAUUCCGCUGAUGACAGAUUUCCUGGACAGACAGGGAAUCGGAUCAUUGCCAUGACUUGCAGUUGCAGACACUUCAGGCUGCUCAAUUAAACAACUUCGAUUGAUGGUUGAGCUGGCUGGCUAAUCACGUGAGAGGAAUUGACACAUAUCUUCAUUGACCACUAAGUUCAUGGCAGUAUCACCUUUAAGUUUACAAUGCCCUUCUGGGAAGUGGAAAAUUUCAAAUGCCCAUUCUUUUUAGCAUCGGGUGCAAGUUGGUGCAAGUUUCAUCAGUUCAUCAGAGCUGGAUCCUUAUCGGCAGGCCGUAAUCCAUGGCUAAUAGCGACUGUACUACCAAGCAGUAGGAUGCCAUCUGCUCAGCGGUCAGCGCAAUUUGCGCCUUGGAUCCACGCUCCUCUUCUGCACAUCACAAUUGAAAACAUCUGAGGUCUGUAGUUGACUUCUGGUUGAUUUUAACGUGGUGCCUGUUGUUGGCGACUUGGCGUCAGAUAGCCAAUUGCCGAGUUCUUGUUUCAGAAUAGACAUCAGCGAUCGACUAGAUCUAUACAAUAAGCUACUCUGAC